AUGUCAUUCAAAGGAUUAGACUAUCAACUUCUUGCAGAAAGAAUAGGAGAUUAUGUUAGAGACCAAAACUUCAUUAGCUGCAGAUCGAAAGAAGAACUUUGCCAGAUCUUGGAUUUUUCAAAACUUACUCCAUCAGAUCUACUUAUUCUUACUGCAAAUCUUCAAGAUCAAUUCGAUAAAUCAGAUAUUGAAGAAAUAAUUCAGCAUGUAAAUCUCGAUAUUCAAGAAAAAAAUCAAUUAAGUACGGUUUUUAGUGCAUUAUCAAGCAUUAUUGGAAAGAAUACCGUUAAUUCUAUUAUGAAUCUAAUUGAAAAAGAAAAUAGCUCUAAUCAAGAUGAGAUCAUGACAAAACUUUACAAAUUAGUUGGUAAAAACGAUGUUUACACAAUUGUUUCAAUAUUAUCAGCAGCUGUUGUAAUGAAUAAAUAUGAAGCCAUAAAUUUUGCUGUUGAAAAUAAGAUAAUUUAUGCAAGUAAUAGUUCUGAUAAUGUAUUGACAUUUGCGGCAAGAAAAGAAGACAAUCAAUUAAUUGAAGAGUUGUGUAGACACUACAAUGAUGUCGAUCUUCAUCCUCCAGGUUGUUCCACUGCUUUAUGGUUAUCAGCAAAUUACGGAAACUCUGAAGGAAUUCGUAUACUUUUAGAUCGUGGUGCUGAUAUCAAUUUCAUAAAUGAAGAGGGGUGGACAACAUUAAUGUGUGCAGUCAAUAAUGAUGACUAUAAUGCAUGCAGACUCAUAUUGGAAAAUGGUAAUUUUAAUUUGAUUAAUUCCCAAGUCAUCCGCGGACCCUAUUCAGGAAGAACGGCUCUUUCAAUGGCAAAAUCAAGUGGAAUUCGAGACUUGUUACUCAGAUAUGGAGCGUAUGAUAAUGGUUCGCGCCACUAUACUUUUGAAGAAAAUAAUGAUUUGUUUGAUCCAGAUUUUUAA